AUGGCCUCACCCCUCUUCUGCCGCCUGAAGCACCUCCCUGGUCACCCGUCCUCGCCUCCUGUGGUGGACACCGUGCAUGGCAAGGUCCUGGGGAAGUAUGUCCACCUGGAAGGAAUCGCACAGCCUGUGGCCGAGUUCCUGGGAGUCCCCUUUGCCAAGCCUCCCCUCGGAUCCCUGAGGUUUGCUCCGCCGCAGCCUGCAGAGCCGUGGAGCUCUGUGAAGAACACCACCUCCUACCCGCACAUGUGCCCCCAGGACCCAGUGGCAGGGCAGGUGCUCUCCGACCUCUUUACCAACAGAAAGGAGAACAUUGCUGUCACGUUUUCCGAAGACUGUCUUUACCUGAAUAUCUACACUCCUGCUGACUUGACCAAGAAAAGCAGGCUGCCGUUCCCAGUGAUCCCCAGGGAACUGUCAGAGCCCCGUGUCUUGACAGCCCUGCAUGGCGUCUGUGCUGCCCACCCCAACCUGUUCUCUUACAGCACAGGGGACGAACACAGCCGGGGGAACUGGGGUCACUUGGACCAGGUGGCCGCGCUGCGCUGGGUCCAGGACAACAUUGCCAACUUUGGAGGGAACCCAGGCUCUGUGACCAUCUUUGGAGAGUCGGCGGGAGGUGAAAGUGUCUCUGUUCUUAAAGUUGCUGUGGCUGCUGGGUGUAAAACCACCACCUCGGCUGUCAUGGUUCACUGCCUGCGCCGGAAGACAGAGGAGGAGCUCUUGGAGGCCGCAAAGAAAAUGAGUCACCCCUUCGUGCCCACGGUGCUGGAUGGCGUGCUGCUGCCCAAAACCCCCGAAGAGAUUCUGGCCGAGAAGAAUUUCAAUACCGUCCCCUACAUCGUCGGCAUCAACAAGCAGGAGUUUGGCUGGAUCAUCCCAACGGUGAGCACGUGCAGCCUCUUAGACUCUCCGCUCUCCCCGUCAGCCCUCCCAGCUCUGGUCAUAGACGUCCGUCCUUCUCCAAGGCCCGAUCUGAGUCCAGGGUCUCGGGAGGACGGAGUGAGAGUCCCGCAGCCAUUCCGCUCAGGCUUCGUAAGCACUGCCCACGAGCCAGGCUCCGACUCGGGAGCUGGAGACGUGGCCGUGAAACACCCGAGAUUCCGCCCCUUGGAGUCUCCGUUCCAGUGGGGGAGUCAUCAGUACCUGCCCACGGUGGUGGAUGGCGUGCUCCUGCCCAAAACCCCCGAAGAGAUUCUGGCCGAGAAGAAUUUCAACACUGUCCCCUACAUUGUCGGCAUCAACAAACAUGAACUGUGCAUGAAUCAUGUCUUCUCAGAUGCCGGAGCCCCCACCUACAUGUAUGAGUUUGGGUAUCGCCCAAGCUUCUCGUCAGACAUGAAACCCAAGACGGUGAGAGGGGACCACGGGGAUGAGAUCUUCUCUGUCUUCGGAGCCCCAUUUUUAAAAG